UACAAGUCCCACAAUGCACUUCGAUUCUGAAUGAUCAUUGUGGGGGAAAAAAGGAGUUCUACCAGAAAAUGCAUCAAGACAAGAUAAUUCGUCCAACUAAAGUUGUGAUAGUACCCGGGAAUGGUGCUGGAAAUGUGGAGCAUUGUAACUGGUACGGGUGGGUUAAAAAGCAAAUAAACAAGAUACCAGAGAUGCAGUGCUUACUUAAAAAUAUGCCUGACCCUAUGACAGCUCGAGAGAGUAUAUGGGUUCCGUUUAUGGAAAAAGAACUUCAUUGUGAUGAAGAAACUGUGAUCAUUGGACACAGCUCUGGGGCAGCAGCUGCCAUGAGAUAUGCUGAGACUCACAAAGUAUAUGGCAUUGUGCUGGUGUCUGCCUAUGUAUCAGACCUCAAGGACGAAAAUGAGAGAGAAAGCGGCUAUUUUAACCGGCCGUGGCAAUGGGAGACGAUCCAGACGAACUGUCGUCAGAUCGUGCAGUUCGGCUCCACGGACGAUCCGUUUCUACCGUGGUCCGAACAGCAGCAGGUGGCGGACGGCCUGGGCGCAGAGCUGCAUAAAUAUACAGACCGGGGCCACUUCCAGAACACCCAGUUUCAUGAACUGAUCAAUGUGGUUCAGAAAAUAGUAAAUGGUCCAGCUUAAACAGCGAGUGCAUUUCCCCCGCCCUGCUAAAACCAAUAAAAGAAGUUUAAAUGUACA